CGGAGGCAUACCCGGUCACUCUGCAGAGUCAGUAACUAAUUGACACCUUCCCAACCUGCCUUUGAAGCAUAGAGGUUUUGCAUCAAAGCUUGUAAGCAUGACUCCAGAAGCUUUACUCGUCUCAAAAGCACUAGGCGUGCUCGUCUUUGCUUAUUUCCUACGCCACUGGGAGUAUUAUGUAUACGUCUUUCCAAGGACAGUUUUGCACCUUCUCGACCUAAGGCACCAGACGCUAUUUCCCAGGACGCCGUGGGGCUUUGUUGUCCGCAUCGUAAUCGCAUACUUUGCCUACAAGGGCUACUUGAAGCUGCAGCGCCGGUGGGAUGAGUACACAGUGCAGCGGCUGCACCGGCGCCUUGCUGCGAAGAAUGAGGCUCAACGACUAUCACGAGUAGAGCAGCACCAGCAAGCAGCUUCGGAAGCCGCCGCAGCAGCUGCUGCCGCUGCGGAGGCCAUGCGUCGGCAGAGGGAAGCGGAGGCGGCACAGGCGGCUCGUGAGACCUCCCCGGAGGAGCGGGACGCUGAUGCUGGCCCCCAGCCCCAACAAGGGGACUGGCUGGAGAGGCUGCAGGCCCAGCAAGAUGCGGCCGCAGCGGCGAGGAGAGCCGCCGAGGCUGCCAGGCUCGCCGCUGCUACAGCAGCGGCUGCUGCUCCUGCUGCCAACCCUGCUGUCGCAGACCCUGCAGCAGCUGCUGCCGCUGCUGCAGCGGGGCGCGCGCAGGAGUCUUCUACCCAGCAGGCUGGCAGCAGCGGCAGCAACGGCAGUGGGGGUCCCUCGGUGGCAGGGCCUACCAGGCGGCGGGCAGCGGAGAGUUCCGGAGCGGAGGGCAGCGGGCGGCAGUCGCAGCCACAGGCCCCCCGCGACCUGCCCUCUCCGCUGGACUGGCAGAUGCUGUCGCCGCUGCAACGGGAGGCGAUGAAUCAGGAGCGGGCGCUCAGGGCGGAGCAGGAUGCAGAGUACGAGGCCGCGCUAGCGGAGGACCGCCGCCGCGCGGAGGAGCGCGCCGCAGCGGAGGCAGCGGAGGCGGAGGCCCAGGCGGCGGCUGCGGCCGCAGCGGAGGCGGAGGCUGUUGCUGCCGAGGCUGCGCUGCAGCGGCGGCAGGAGCUGCGGGAGCGGCUGAGGAGGGAGCUGCCGUCUGAGCCCGACAGCUCCGACCCGGCCGGGGUGCUGGUGCGGGUGCGGCUGCCCGACGGCUGCAGCCACACGCGGCGCUUCCUGCAGGAGGCGCCUGUGCAGCAGAUCCGUGACUGGCUGCAGUCGCUUGACUCCUUCCCUGCCUGGGAGCCCGACCACUGGAACCUGGUCAACAGCUACCCAAGACAGGUACUGGAGGGCGGUGUGGCGGUGGCCGAGGUUGCGGGCGGGGCCAGACAGGUGGCGCUGUUUGUGCAGGAGAACUGA